UUUGAACUUGGUUUGUUAUUGAGAGUCCAGUGCCGUUGUACACGGCAGUGCUGCAGGCGAGCUCUCUGCUUUCAGAGCUGUCAACUGUGCGCUGUUCGCAGGGAUGGCGGACGACGAAAAUGUUCAAGAUGAUGCCCCCGGCGCAGGGGAUAUGAACACAAAAUUCGGCCUGCGACUACGUGGCCGAAAAGGUGCUCUCAAAAAGAAAAAUGUGUACAACGUGAAGGAUCACAAGUUCAUUCCACGCUUCUUCAAACAACCGACCUUCUGCAGCCACUGCAAAGACUUCAUUUGGGGUUUCGGCAAGCAAGGCUUCCAGUGCCAAGUCUGCAGCUUCGUGGUCCACAAGCGAUGCCACGAGUACGUGUCCUUCACGUGUCCCGGCGCCGACAAGGGCCCCGACUCCGACGCCACGAGGACGAAACACCGCUUCAAGGUGCACACGUAUGCCAGCCCGGCCUUCUGCGACCACUGCGGGUCGCUGCUGUACGGAGUCCUGCACCAGGGCAUGAAGUGCGAAGUAUGCGACAUGAAUGUGCACAAGCGGUGCGAAGAGAGCGUCCCCAACUUGUGCGGCUGCGAUCACACGGAGCGGAGAGGCCGCAUCGAGCUCAAGAUCCACACCCAGGGCAGCAAGCUCACCAUCGAAGUACGGCAAGGCAAAAAUCUGAUUCCCAUGGACCCCAACGGCUUGUCGGAUCCUUACGUCAAACUCAAGCUGAUCCCAGACCAAGAUAAUGUCAAAAAGAAAACCAAAACAAUUCGAUCAUCUUUGAAUCCAGUUUGGAAUGAAACAAUUCAAUUUGACCUAAAGCAAGAAGAUAAAGACCGGAGGCUUCUCAUUGAGGUGUGGGAUUGGGAUAGGACAUCCCGUAACGACUUCAUGGGCUCUUUAUCCUUCGGCAUCUCAGAGCUCCUGAAGGCACCUGUUGAGGGCUGGUUCAAACUGCUUACUGAAGAGGAGGGUGAAUUUUAUAAUGUGCCAGUUCCUGAGGAAGGUGCAGACUUAGCACAACUGAAAUCACAAAUGCGGGGAGCUACAAUUAUUAGCAAGAGCAGCCAGCUACGACAAUCGAAAACCUCCUUAAGUAAGAAGCCACCCAUGACAUCAGAUAAAGAGGUGCCUCACAACAUGGGGAAAAAGGACGUUAUAAGAGCAACGGAUUUCAACUUCCUCAUGGUUCUUGGAAAGGGCAGUUUUGGAAAGGUAAUGCUGGCAGAACGAAAGGGUACAGAUGAACUGUAUGCCAUCAAAAUAUUGAAGAAGGACAUUAUUAUUCAAGACGAUGAUGUAGAAUGUACCAUGGUUGAGAAAAGAGUCCUUGCAUUAAGUGCAAAGCCUCCAUUUUUAGUCCAACUUCAUUCUUGUUUCCAAACAAUGGAUCGCCUUUACUUUGUUAUGGAGUAUGUCAAUGGAGGAGACCUUAUGUUCCAAAUUCAACAAUGUGGAAAAUUUAAGGAACCUGUUGCAGUUUUUUAUGCUGCUGAAAUUGCGAUUGGUCUUUUCUACCUGCACUGCCGAGGCAUUGUGUACAGAGAUCUGAAGCUGGACAAUGUGCUUCUGGACCAAGAUGGUCACAUAAAAAUUGCGGAUUUUGGCAUGUGUAAGGAAGGCAUUACAGGAGACAAGACAACCAAGACUUUCUGUGGCACCCCAGACUAUAUUGCUCCUGAGAUAAUUUUGUAUCAACCCUAUGGCAAGUCUGUGGAUUGGUGGGCUUAUGGUGUUUUGUUGUAUGAAAUGUUAGUUGGUCAGCCACCAUUUGAUGGAGAGGAUGAAGAAGAGUUAUUUGCAUCUAUCACUGAUCACAAUGUGAAUUACCCAAAAGGGCUGUCAAAGGAAGCAAAAGACGUUUGCAAGGGAUUCCUUACAAAGAACCCAUCAAAGCGUUUGGGAUGUGGCCCCAGAGGAGAAGAAGAUGUACGUGGCCACACUUUCUUCCGACGUAUCGAUUGGGAGAAGAUUGAGAACCGAGAAGUACAACCACCCUUCAAGCCUAAGAUUAAACACCGCAAGGAUGUCAGCAACUUCGACAAGCAGUUCACUUCAGAAAAGACAGACUUGACACCCACAGACAAGCUGUUUAUGAUGAAUUUGGAUCAGACAGAGUUUAUGGGCUUCUCAUUCCUCAACCCAGAAUAUGUCCAGCAUGUUUGAGCAGUUCUUAUGUUCAGAAAAUUGGAUGAAGCUGGAGAAACAACAUUGAAACCAUGAUUAUACAUCAAGUCGCAGAGAGAGAGAGAAUGUGCUUUUCAAUUUGCAUUCUUUGUGUUUUCUUGCUUUGAAUUGUCGGAUGAAGGGUAAAGAUUGCGGGGAUUUGCGAUGACUGAUGUAGAGCUCAGUGCCCAGUUUGUGGGAUUCAUGGCCUCUGUAGUGAACUUGUGUUAAGAUUUCAUUCGAAGACCUCCUCUAGCUCUAUACAUUUCCCAAUUUUUCCAGGGUUUUUAUACUCAAAGAUAUAAUCAUUCCUAUGGCGGUUAAUGUAAAUGAGAUUCUUCUCUAUUUUGCAUCUGUGCUUGACAUCUGUUCCAUUCUCAAAAUUUAUUAAGACUAUUGAAUUUUAUGAGGUCAUAGAAAACAAAGCUGGGAAAAACAUUCAAUAUGAAUUAUGGUAAUUCCUUGUAUAAAAUUAUCAUUUUAGUUUAAAUACUAAAUACUUUUGUGCAUCACCAAGCAACAAAACUCUUGUCAGGGAAUGUUGUAGGCCAUUUUAUGCCUCUUGUACCUGUGCCAUUUGAUCAAAGUGUCUCAGUAUUGAUCUGUUUCUCAUGUCAUUUUUUGUGUACUUCGCAGCUUUGAUUCUCUCUUAGCCUCUUAUGUUUUAAUUUUCUGAUAUCUAAGUAUCUGAUCAGAUGGAUGUGAAUACUAUCACUCAUAACUGAAUCAAUGCUCUGUUUGUCCUGUCUUUUUACUCAUGGUGUAGUUUUAAUUGGCUAAUUGUAUGAUCAAUAUUUUUGCUGACAGUUUAGUAGAUGCCAAAGCUCGCUAGAAGCAUGAGCAUUUUGAUCUCAAGUAGUUUUGUGCGGUGAGGGUGAGUGAUGGUAUGGACAUAACUCAAGCUCAACUGGAAAGUGUGUCAAAAAUUCUGAGGGCAUUCUUGGCAGCCUUAGAUCUUUAAUUUGAAUGGCAAAAACGAUCUUGAUGCUGCAAAUGUCGCAAUUGCUUUUUGUCAAACUCUACUUUCGAUACUUUUCUUUGUUUUUGUAUAACGGCCAAUGAGUUAGUGCUGUUUGGGCACGGUGCUUGUAAUACUUGUUACUUGGGACCUACGUACUGUACUCGAAGGUUUAAUGCUUUGUUAUUGUUUUGUAUUCUAGAAAUUUUUUCGGCCAUCAUUUAUCUAUGGGUGCCUUGUAUCUUCUUAAGACUUCUGAAUCUGAUUGGAAACAUCUUACCCCAUAGCUUCUUAUUUCUUUGAGGUAUGUGCAUGAGACAAAUCAUAAGUUGUAUUAGCCUUGUAAUACUUUCUUCAUCAUAUUUGAUAGAAGUAGAUUUUUUAAAAUACAUUUCUUAACUGGUCAUUCAAUAAUUUUAGGAUGUAAGAUAUCUAGCAAAAUGAACCAUUCAGAAAAUGUCAUUUUUCGGAUCAUAAAACACACAAAUGUCUGUUACAUGAAACUCACAUUGUGUUCCGGGCCAGCAACCUGAGCUCAUCUUUUGCGCUGUGUUUUCUUAGCACUUGAAAAAGAUGCACUCAAUGUGCACUUUCAAGUGACUUCAUGUCAAAGAUUGCACAUUGAUGCUGUAGUUGUGUACUUUAUUCACUUCACGUCAGUGAUAAUAUUAGGAUUUUCACAAAUACUGGUUCUUACUUCCUCAAACCUUCUCAAUUUGAAAAAAAAAAAUUAUUGUUUGACUAAAAUCUUAAAUCAUUUUCCUGGUUUCAGUGUUAGUGUAGGAUGCCUGUAGAAUGUGAGGAUAUAUUUGCAUUAAGUGUGGGUGCCACUUUUGUAUCAAACACAUGGCCUUCUCUGAAGUUAAAAAAAAAAUGGUUAUCUAAUCUAGUAAUGCUGGGUGCUCUAUUUUUGCUCUCACUUCUAAUUUUAAGCUGCCAUAAAUCCUUCAUCCUAAGUAUGUUAAAGAUGGUGCCUUCUUUCUCUCAGCCAAAUGACUAUCUUUGAGUUUGUGAGUUAGUAAAUUUGAUGAUAGUGUGCAAAUGAGUGGUGAGUUCAACUGGAUGUGUGAUUGAGUGUGUGGAUAAAAGAGAAAUCUAUAUGUGAUUCUUCCUCUCUUUCUUUCUGUUUACUUUUAAUUGUUCUCAAUUUAGACCAAACACAAUUGUGAUUAAGAUUUAACUUUCCCUCACUCUUGUAUGUUAAGCACUAUCUUCCCUGUAUGAACUGCGAUAAUAUUGAUAAUUUUAUUAUUUUUAGAAACAAAUAGUCUAUUGAUUUGCACUGGAAACUGCCAAUUUUAUGUACUUCUUCUUUACAUUCUGUUUUUUUUGAGGUUCUUAAAAAUCUCUCUUUCUUCCCUGCUGUCUUGUGAACUCUACACUGAUAUUAAUGUAGCUUUCUUUUCUGUGCAGUGUUUUGAUUACUUUUAAGUUUCUUUGUCUUGAAGUUCUUCUUGUAUGUGACAUAUCGCCAUGACAGGUCGAGAAUUGUGAAGUAAUUCUUGUUCAAAUCCAUCCACGAUCAUAACAAGUUGUAAAUUUUAGUGGCGUAUUAUACCUAAUAGAUUAAUUCAUCUCUGGAAGUUGUCUCAUGUUGUCAUCAUUUCAUUUUUGAUUGCUUGAUAUGUUCACUGAAAACUAAGUCAAACGAAAAGUGAUGUUUGUGUCCUGGUUCAUUCUUAUCUUCACUGUUUAAGCUGUUCACAAUGCCUCUAAAUCCUCUGACAUUUUCAACAAAUGAAUGAUGACACCGGCCCAUUUCACAAUUUUCCAUUUUCUAUUUUUGUCAUUGUUGUUGUUUUCUUCAUUCAGAGUCAAAUAAAUAUGCAUUUAAGCAAUUUUUAGUGAACAUUUCACAUCUCUCUGCCAUUCCUCUCUGGAGCAAGAGUUGUGGAAUGGAUCAUCAUUGCAGGUUUAAUUCUGUUCCACAGUAACAUUCCUAAGUUGUUAAGUGCCUUUGUUAUCCCAGGAGUAUAUUGCAUCAAUGUUCGCUUCCUGUGUUUUGUUAUUUAUUUAUUAAUAAUUUAUUAUUAACUUACUUUGUUCUACUGUUAUUUGUUAGUUGUGUUACAAAUGUAUAUUCCAACGUCAAUGUGGCAAUAUGGGUUUCUGUAUGUAAUGUGAUUUUCCUUUUUGCUACGUGACUAGCAGUAUCCCAUCAGUAACAAUGAUGUGCUACUUCUAUGAGUUAAUGUAAAUAUUUCUCUACAACUAUGAAACAAUACAUUUUGAAUAUUCUAAACGGCCUAUAAUGAAGUUUAUGUACAAAGUUAAGAAUGGGAAAAAAAGUAAGGCUAUUUUGAUUCUUGUUCACACUAACUAUGUCACACUUUCCUAUGAAGUGCAGGGCUUUUCGUUUAGGUGAAAUCGCCCUUUUAAAAUUUUGAUCAUAAGGGUUUUGAAAACCCGGGCUUUGUUUCCACACUGAAAUAGUGCGUUGAUAAAAUAUUGUUUGUUUCAUUGUUGCAUGAUACAUUACAUGAUUUGUUCGACAAUUGAUCAAUGAUUGAAGUCAUUUUUUGGUUCUUUUGCUUCUUGAAACAUACUUACUUGUACUAGGCAAGGUCACUUACCUCCACCUCCCUCAUCUCAGGAUGUGAAAAACCUGAAGGGAGGUGAACAUACUUUAAACUGGGAAAAAAUUAUUGUGUAAUGUAGUAAAGAAGCAAGUGUUUUCGAACUGCACCUGUGACUUUCUGCACAUAAUUUUAAAAAGAAAACAUGCUGUCUGUCUUUUUCCUUUUUAUAAUUUUGUUUUUAGAAUGUUUUUAAUGGAAAAGCCAAUGGUAGCAACAAAAGAUAUUACUAUAAUUUAUUUGAAAUUCUUUUUUAAGACAAUUUAAGUGCCAAGAGGCUAAGAUUAAUCCUUCUUUCUUGUAUGUAGUUUUUUUGAUAAUAGCAAAAUACUAUUAAGAAGUUAUCUAGCUUUUACAGAAAUGCUCAGAUUUUUUUUCUUUGAGAAACAUUUGUGAAAAUUUGUGAUCUUGUUAUUCUCUCUCAUCUUGAACUGUUUCACUUUGAGUACUUGAAAUUUUAAUCACUUUUUAUCAAAAAAAUUAAAAGUGGUCCUGUUGAAUUUAAACUACCUAUGUGCUUGUAGUAGUGCUGAGCGUUAUUUGCUGAAUGGCUGUAACGUUCCACAACCCACUCUAGUGCUUUAUUGGUUAUGUCCAAUUAUUCAAUAAUUUUGCACCCAAAAAUAAGUGUAUAAUGUUUCUGCACAGAGUCCAUGCGAGAUAAACCGAAGCGGAUUUCUGUUGUAUCCCUGUCCGUUUCUUUUCUUUUUUAAUAAUAAUUCUGGAUUAGAUUCAUCCUGAUUCCACUAAUGAGAGAAACUGUGUUCUUUCAUUUGAUGCUUCAACUUACAUUCAGCAGCCUAUGAGCUUCACAAUGCCAUAAGUCACAAUAUAGUUGCAAAUCAAAUCAUCGAAAAAUUUUGCUGGGAAUCUCUGAGUCCCAAGUGUAUGGAUAUCUGAUUCUAGGCAACUAGUUACUCUUCCAAUUCCUAGUUCUAUCAAAUCUCUGUAUAUUUCCUAGAUCUGUGAUAAAUAUAUCACACAUUGUUCAUGUUUGUUAAUCAAUCUAACUAUAGUCAUUGCUGGUAGACUGAAAGAAAGUUGUUGCUUGAAGUAAAUGGAAAGGGCAUAUCAAAAUGUAUUCCAUAUUUGCAUAAAAAGACUAAAAUUGUUUUGUGAAACUGUAAAUUGUUACUGCUUUUCUUACCAAUAGUACUGCUUGUCAUAAAGAAUACCUGGUAUGCCAGCCAUUAUUGUGUAUCAUGCAUUUGCCUUAAUGAAGGCACAACUUGUUCACUCUAUGCUUUCAAAUAACUAAUUACAUGAACUUAUGUGCCACCUAGAAGA